GUGGUCGACCACUCCCGAUCCGAUCAAUGGGGAUCAGCUCUUUGUAAUUCGGUUUUUUCCACCAAAAUUACACGUAUGUCACAAUAUAGGUCAUCAACGCUCAAUGUGUGCUGUAUUCAUCACGACGAAUGCUACUCGUCUUGCGCAGAAACACAGCUAUCCUGUGAUGCCACUUUCUGUGACUGCAUCGCCACUCUCGAUGCGAGUAUCUACUGCCGAAAUGUCGUCUACGCAUGGCACUGCAAUGCUGUUCAAUGGCUCGGAGAUCGUUUUAUCUGUCCACUGAUGAGUCAACCACUUUUUGGGGGUUAA